AAGUCUUGGUUUGUUCUUAAACUGCGUAUGUUGUUGUGUGUGAAUUACUCCCUGAUUUUUCUGCCUGGGAACCUCUGGCCACGUGUUUUCUGAAAUAGCAGAGGGUGGGGGUGUAGGUUGUUAGUAAAAAUUGAAAUCUUCAGUGAAAAUAGUGUGUGAAAGCAUCUCUCUUCCCAUCUAUUAAAAAAAGAUAAUAAUCAGGGGGUUUGAUUUUAUUUUAAUUUGGCAGGGGGUUGAAUUUGAUGAGUUCUGAAGGUCCCUUCCAACCCCUAUGAGUCUGUGAUUUAUUUAUUUUUUGAAGUGCUCCUUACUGUUCGGUGCUUUAAGCUGGUUCCGGCGUGUCCCUAAAGCUGAGAUGGAAUUAAAGGGGCUGGAAUAAUGGGAUUAUCCUCCAUCCCUGGGUAAUGAAACCAGCCCUUCUCUCUCCUCUCGCCCACACAGAGCAGCGAAAGACGCGUAUCGUGAUGACCACCCUGCUCCUCACCGAGCAGAUCACAAGGGAAGACCACGGCUCGGAGGGAAACUAUGUCCUUUAUGGCUCCUCCUGCUCCCAAAUCACCGAGGAAGCCGAGUACGUGAGAAAGCAGCAUCCUCAAGUCUCAGGCAAUAGAGAGGAGGCAGAGAGCUGGAGCCGCAGCCCCGUUGCGACCACCAUGAAGGAGACAGAAGAGCAGCUGCUGGUGGUGAGCAGGGAGAAUCAAGUGCUGAAGAUCAAGCUGGAAGCCACACGAGAAGCAGGUGUCCAGGCUCUCCGAUCCGCUUCCCAGAAACUCUAUGAGAGUUACCAGGCUCGCUCAGAAGAACUGAAAAAAAGCCAGGAGAGUGAGAAGAAGCAAAUACAGGCCUACAACCUCCAACAGGAAGAGAAGCUCCGGCAAAGCUCGGAAGAUGCCAACCACCUUGCUGAAGGCAUCAGGGAAAAAUGCACCCGCAUCACGGAGAUGGAGCAACGCCUGCAAAGGAUGGAGGAGGAAAAGAAAACUCUGAUGGAGAAGAAGAUGUCCUUUGAAAAGAUGCUUCAACAGAUGAUGUCAAGGAACGAAGAUGGCAAACGGUGCCUGGAUCUCCAGAGGAAGAUCUCCACAUUGCAGGAGCAGAUCUGCCACCUCCAGGGCGUGAUCCAGGCACAGCACCAGGGCCUGAGGGGCGUGAUACAGGAGGCAGAGGAACUGAACAACAAACUCAGAAGCCAAGAUGAAAAAAUCGAGAACCUGACAGAGAAGCUGACUGUGCUGGAAGCACAGAAUAAAGAGCUGAAGGACAGAGUGGAGUUCUGGUCCGGCCGACCCAAAGCUAAAGUUUCCAGAGCUGUGUGGACAGACGCCCCAAGAGAUGUUGGAGCUUUAGGAGCACCAUCCCCUUACGUGAUGCUCAGCAGGCUGAGGAAGCAAAAGAGCUAAAGGCACGACUGGACGUUUGUCUCCUACCUUUGUCAUAAGGACUUUGUGCUGCAAACUGUGACUCCUCCAGCCUCUUUGUUACUGCGAAGCACCUUCAGCAGGUGUUGCCUCUCUCCGAAACGUGGCACAGGAGGGGCCCUGCGGAGCUGCCCUUGGAAGAAUAAACCUGGAAAAGAAGAGGAGAACUGAUGAGAGGUGGUGAGCUCAGCCCAGAUGGCAAAGGCAGCCCUGGCCGUGCCUGGAGGGCGUUGUGUGGCCGGAUGGGCUCAGCCAGACCUGCCCCCGUGCAGAGACUCAGCUUAACGUGACUCUCAUUUAGGUUAAGAUUAUAAAAUAAACCUUUGGCUACCUGGCACGUUGGUACAGUUGCCACUUCCUCAGCUGCAGUUGGAGCCACGGUCCUGCCCUUUCAGGUGGUCACACAGUAUGUUUCAGGUAUGGGACAGAGGGAAGGGCCACUUCCCUGGUCUGGCUUCUAACUCCCGACGUGCAGGCGGAGCAGCCUGUGGAGGAAAAAAAGAGAAAUAAAGAACAGUGUUGAUACAUCAAUAA